AUGAAGCGGGCCCGUCGAGCUGCGAAUGUUCGUGCCGCCAGUGCCGUGUGCCCGAUGCUUGCGUCUCGGCAAAAUGUGACCGACACCGUCGAGUACAAAUACAACCGGGAGUAUACCCAGUGCGGUGGUUAUGCCGCCAACAAGCGGUCGGCAAAGGACUGUGGAUCACUCCCGGAGUUCCUGGCCCCUGGGGCGAGAGAGCUGUUGGAGCUGGCCGACCGGGUUGCUGGAGCGGCGGAGGACCGCGACAUCGUCGACCGUGUAUCUGGACCAGCAAGAUGCCUUUUGGAAUCAUUUACUAAAAUAUCCUGA